GCGGUGAGUGCGGCGCUGGCGGCGCGCGUCUCCUCCCUUGUCUCGCCGGCCGCAGGAGCAGCGAGCGCGGCCCGCCCGGCGCCCGCCCUUCCUGCCGCCGCCGGGUCGGCUCUCCGCGCCGAGCGGCCCCGCAGCUCCCCUCGGUGGGGCCGGGCCGAGCGCCCCCGCCCCGCGCCUCCCCGUCUCUCCGGUCCCCUCCGCCCCUCCUUUGUGUCUCCCAUGGCUUUGUGUCUGGAGCUCCUGAAGCAAUGUUCAUCAUGCCUAGUGGCAUAUAAAAAGACUCCACCUCCUGUCCCACCUCGGACCACAUCAAAGCCGUUCAUCUCUGUCACUGUACAGAGCAGCACUGAAUCGGCACAGGACACCUACCUGGACAGCCAGGACCACAAAAGCGAGGUGACCAGCCAGUCGGGACUGAGCAAUUCUUCAGACAGCUUAGACAGCACCAGGACACCCAGCGUUACGAGGGGCAGCAUCGUGACUCCAGCAAGAGACACUCCAGAACUACCACAGAAAAAUGCAACUUUGAAAAGCGACAAAGGGACUCUGACGAGUGAAGAGCCUAAAGUGGAGAACGUCCCCAAACGAAAACUGUCAUCUAUAGGAAUACAAGUUGACUGCCUUCAGCCAGUGGUCAAAGAGGAGCCUCCUCCACCAGUCACCAAAUUCCAGUCCAUCGGGGUUCAGGUAGAAGACGAGUGGCGAAACAGCCACUCUCGCAGUAUGUCCUCCAAACAGGAUACAGACUCUGACACACAGGAACCCAACAACUCUAGCUGUAAAUCAUCUGAGAGAAGCGUUGCUGAGUGCCCCCAGCAUAACAACUCUGUUGGUGUUGAUACCAGUACCAGGCAACCAGCCAAGCCCUCACAGAUUAAGAGAAACCUCUCCUAUGGAGAUAACACUGACCCAGCCCUGGAGCCUUCCUCUCUCCCUCCUCCUGACCCUUGGCUUGAGACAUCAUCUGCCUCACCAUCGGAACCCACGCAGCCAGGAGCCUGCCGGCGGGAUGGGUUCUGGUUUCUGAAGCUGCUGCAGGCAGAAACAGAGCGGUUAGAGGGCUGGUGCCGCCAGAUGGACCAGGAGACCAAAGAGAACAAUCUCUCUGAAGAAGUCUUAGGAAAAGUCCUGAGUGCAGUGGGCAGUGCACAGCUACUAAUGUCACAGAAGUUCCAGCAAUUCCAUGGCCUGUGUGAGCAAAACUUGAACCCUAAUGCCAAUCCCAGACCCACAGCCCAGGACCUAGCUGGGUUUUGGGAUCUCCUGCAGUUGUCCAUUGAAGACAUCAGCAUGAAAUUUGAUGAGCUGUACCAUCUGAAAGCUAAUAGCUGGCAAUUGGCAGAGACACCGGAGAGAAAGGAAGAGAAGAAACCACCCCCUCCAGUGCCAAAGAAGCCAGCAAAGUCCAAAUCCCAACUGAACCGGGACAAAGCCUCUGAUUCAGACAAGCAGCGCCAGGAAGCUCGCAAGCGUCUCAUGGCAGCCAAGCGCGCUGCCUCUGUCCGGCAGAACUCAGCCACGGAGAGUGCAGACAGCAUCGAGAUCUACGUCCCUGAGGCACAGACACGCCUUUGAGUAAAGGGGCAGAGGAAGGAACCAUGUGGUUUUUAUAAGUCAUUAAAAAGGAAAAAAAAAAAAAGGUUCUCUCUAAACUAGUGUGAUUUAUUCAGUCUAGAGACAAUGAGCCAUCCUUGAAAAGGGCUCCUGAGUUGGCUUUUUCUCUCAGCUUUAAGUAAUGAAGAUUUUAAACAUUAAAAAAAAAAGAAAAAAAUACCCCUUGUUUUCUCACUGGCUGUGGCGGUGUUGAACGGACUGAACAGACUCCUGGAACCUCCAGCCCCUCAACUUGGAACUUCAAUCUUUUUACUUGUUCUAACUAAUGAGAAUUAUUAGCUUGUUUACAAGAAGAGGACAACAAAACAUGAAGCCUUGAGCACUUGCCAUGCUGUGUUCUUCUUCCUCUUUAGUUCUGUUCUUCCUCCUCAUCCUUUAUUUUUCCUCCUUCUGCUCCCUUUCUCCUACCCUCUGCAUGGCUUUGUUUACUGUGUUAGAAAUAACCUCUCUUCCACAGAGCUCCUGAAGAGAACACCUAUUCAGUGUGUACUACUGUUGCACUCUGCUAGCAAGCAGCCUUUCUUGGUUUUCUUUUUUGUUCUCCUUUUGAUGGGGAUAGGGGGUGGGGGGAGGACGGGUGGGCAGGGACUGGGCACUGGCUUCAUAUUCCUGUUUUAAUGAAGUGAGAGGAUGACAAUCUGUGGAAUGUAAUGCAGAGUUGCUGAAAUGCAGCCUGAAAGCAAACGUGCAAUAAGCUGGCAAAGGGGGCAGGGAUGGUGCUUGGCUGGUAGUGCCCUACCACAGGCACAGGAGGGGGGCUGAAGGACCACAGAGCAACUACAGACAUGAUCCACACAUGCUUCACUUUGAGUUUUAUUUCUCUGCCCCUCCACCCCAAAAAUUAUAUCCCCUGAGUUGCUUGUUAGAAAGAAGCUGCUAAACACUGAGGGACCUGUUUCAAAGUGGGCUGGGGCAGGGGAGGGCUGGGUGUGUGUGCUGGUGUUUCAGGGUGGGAGGACUGGGUUUUGUACAAAAAGGAAGGCAGGGGUGGCUAAAGGAAGGCUGCCUGCCUGUAUGUAUGUGUACAUAUGCACAUAUACACUUAGUAGUACCUGUACAUUUAAUUCAUACACACGUAUACAUGCCCAUACACACAGUGCAGAUGGUGUAUUAAAAGCACCUUUGUGAGGAUGGGCAUAUGUAUAGCAUAUAUUUUUACAUGUACUAUAUCUAGAUGUGUGUAAAAGUGUGUGUAAAAAUAUAUACCCUGUGUGUAAUCAGAUGACUAUUUUUUCCUUAUCUCCCUGCUCUUUGGGUAGAGAAAGGAUUGCUAAGUAUUUUUUAGCCCAUUUUCUCCUUUGUAGGCCUCCUUUUCAGUUUGGCUUCUUGAAGCCAGAGCUGUCACCACCCAAUUCUUUGCCACCCCCUUAAAAUAAGCAUUUGGUCCUAUUCUGAGUGAUCUUGCUGGGGAUUUUUUUUGUUGUUGUUGUUCACUUGCUUGAAUGAGUUGGGAGAUGGUCUGCUACUUUCAUGGGGGUGGGGGUGGAAUCCCAAAGAAGUUUCAGCGAGGGUGUUGGUGAUCCAGAAGGCAAAAAAAUAAAUAAAAGUGAAACCUUGAA